AUGAGAGCAAAAUCAGGCUGUGCGCCUGCACCAGGUCACUAUGAUAUUAAAGAGGUGGAGGGUUCCAAGGGUCCUGUAUCUUUUGAAAAAGCGCACCGAUUUAAAAAGCACAAAGAUACAGGAAACCCUCAGGUGGUUGUUGAAACUGAGAAGGGUCUGAUAUCACCAAGUUCACGGAAGAAUCUCAACUUUGGAGCGAAGGAUGCUACCUUGGCUUUGGAGCUUAAAAAGCAGAAAAUGUUGGAACAAGAGAUCCGAUGCCUGCUGCAACAGCGUGGGGAACAGGACAAAAGACUGCAGACCUUGGAAGAGGAGCUGAAAAAAAUUGAAAGUAAACUAACUGCAGCAACGAGAGAGAAAACAUCCCUGACGUCAAAUGUUGCUUCCCUAGAAAGACAGCUUGCUGAUCUUCACAAAGCCAAUGAGUUACUGAAAACAAAGUUUUCUGAUGAUUGUACCAAGAAGAAAAUUAAUGCCCUGUGCUUAGAGUUGAUUGAAGUAAAGAAUAAAACUGAUGCCAAGGACAAGGAGAUCAGCUAUCUUCAGAUUAGUUUGGAAGGUCAGGUGAAACUUCUGCAAGCUGACCUGGAAGCUUCAAAGGCUACAGUUGCAGCAUUGCAAGAAAGAAAUGGAUCACUAGAGGAGAUGCAUCAGGAAGCUAAAGCCCAUAACGAGAGCCUGGAAGUUGAAAUGGAUAGAUUCCAUGCUCUAAUCGAGGAUCUGCGUGGAGAGAAUAAAGCCUUGCAAGGUUAUUUGGAUAAUGCCAAUGAACAAGUUCAGGAUCUUCGAAUGCAGUUAAGUUCCAAAGUGAGUGGCUAUGAGAGCAAAUUGGAGCAGCUUUCCAGAGACAUGGAGGAAAAGUGCAAGGUCUCAACAGUUAAACAACAAGAGGCAGAAAGAAAUCUACUAGUCGUACAGUGUCUUCUGAAAGAAUCGAGUGAAGAGGUUGCUGAGCUUCAGGGAAAAUGGUAUGUAUUUAACAGAUCAAAUAUUGUUUUUGACUAA